AGAAUGCUUUGCGCGGGCCAAGAUGGAAGAAGCCAGCUGCAGAAGGAGAACAAUGUUUGGGCUGUUGAUAUAAAAACGGAUCGGCUGAGGGUGAACUAAGCGGGCCUCAGCAGCGGGUCAUGGUCCUGCACCGGAUGAUUUUUGUCCCAUAGUCUUCCUGCCCACCCACCUUCAGCAUGAACAUCAUUCAAGAUAAACUAGGGAAUGAAUUCCUGCGCUCCAACGGGAGCAUGGACUCCAAUUUUGGAGCAGGCAUGAUAAUGUUCAGCCAUCUCCCUCCAGUGACCAGCUUCACCCGGCUGUCGGCCCACUCCGUCAUGCAGGAACUUCCACCACAAGAUCUGAUCCUGAAGGAGGAGCGGGUCUCUCCUGACUGCAGCAUGGGUACCCAGGGAGGCCACUUAGGAGGUGCUGUGGUAGGAGACUAUGUUCACACCAUGGGCAUCAAGCAGGAGAAGCAGUCGGAGCACGAUUAUCGCCUGCCGCUCUACCCUGGAGGUCUGGGGAAAAGCGGGGAGAUGAUGGAGGUGACUGUUGGUAACAACCAGAAGCUGCUGGUCUGUGACCUCGACGUUGGCAAUCUGUCAAAUCAUUUGGAAAAAGAGGCCACUGGGAGGAAAGGUCGGAGGUCAAACAGUGAUGGACAUGAGGGUAAACCUAGAAAGAAGAGAAGUGAGGCAAAGCAUUCAGUGAUGGAUGCAGACGGAGGCGGUCUGUCUCCAGGAACAAAGCCUCACAUCUGUGAACACUGCAGUGCGUCCUUCAGAAGCUCCUAUCACCUGCGCAGACAUGUCCUCAUUCAUACAGGUGAAAGACCCUUCAGAUGCAUUCAGUGCAACAUGAGUUUCAUUCAGAAGUAUCUUCUCCAGCGGCACGAGAAAAUCCACAGUGGAGAGAAGCCAUUCAGCUGUGACCAGUGCAACAUGCGAUUCAUUCAGAAAUACCACAUGGAGAGACACAAGAGAACGCACAGCGGAGAAAAGCCAUACAGAUGUGAGACCUGCCAGCAGUAUUUUUCUAGGACAGAUCGACUUCUUAAGCACAAGAGAACCUGUGGAGAAGCCAUUAAAAAAGGACUGAAUCCUGGGAUGAUGGAUUUUGGUUUUGUAGACAUGGGACAGGGCAGCUAUGGAUUUAUUCAGGGAAAUGUUGGGAGCACCGGCAGGAAGAAGGGAAAGUCGAAAGGUUCUGCAGUGGGAGGGGAGCGCAAGAAGAAGAAGGGAGAUGGAGCAGGUGUGAGGGAGUUGCACAUGCACAGAGCUGUAUCUGGAGGAUACAGCAUCUACGAAUACUCUGUGGAGAGUCCCACUGUGUCUUCCUCUACUGAGCCAGGACCCAGCAUGCAGCAGGGACACCAGGGUCAAGGUCCCAAGAUGGCCUUCAAGAAAGCCAAUCGGAAGAGUCUGAAUAAAGCCGGUCCGGGCCAUGUUAAAGUUGGAUUUUUGGAGCAAGAAGGCCUCGGCCUGAUGCAGAGCAACGAGGCUAAAGUAGAAUCCACCAGCAGUAACUAUGAUGACGCCAUGCAGUUCGUGAAGAAGCGGCGCUACCUUCAAGCAGCGAACAAUGCAACGUCCUCCGGGGCCGCACUGCCAGGAGGAGCCUGUAGUGAGUAUGAUGUCAGUGUCCAUUUGUCCGCGCAGCCGUCUUCUCUUCAGGGUGGGAUUUCAGGUGUAAUGGACAAUGACAUUCCUCUGAACCUGGAAAAGUCAGGGAUCACCGAUGAGGUGCUGCAGAGCCUCCUUGACCACUACACCCAGAAACCCGACAUUCACUUCGACAUCAGUGACCAAGAUGUGGAGCUGAGCCCUCCCUCAGCGGAUGGUUCUGACGCCAACGACCCCAGCCCUUCUGGAGACAAGCCUUCAGUAAUGCAGGAAUACUCCCGCUUCCUGCUGCAGGCUUUGGAGCGUACCAGCUUCAGUGCCAGUUUCCCCCUGGGCCCUGGACUUCCUCAUUCCUCCGGACCCUUCACCAGUUCCCACACAGGAAAUCCCCUGUAUGCUGACAAGAACAUCUACAGCGCAUCUCAUCUGGAGUGUGGCUUCGGCCAGCCUGUAGCUUCCCCUUCGUUGCCCUCAUCCGUGCCAAAGUCUCACUUUGCAAUGCUGAACUGCUCGUCCCCGCAGCACAGCUUCAACCUGAGUGCCCUGGAGGCCUCCUCACACCAGCAGCUCACCCCUUCUCAGGAGCUCACCGAGCAGAUGGAGAAGCAGCACUCCUCCACCCCUCGCUCAUCCUACCAGAUCAGCCCAUCCGACCUGAGCGACCAGAAGGACCGGUCGACGGUCAAGAACGACUCUGCUACGGCCUACCCUCUGGUACCUUCGCAGGAUCUGGCCUCUUUGGACCCCUCUAAGCCUUCCUACCAGAUAGAAAACUUUGCCCAGGCCUUUGGCUCCCAAUUUAAACCUGAUGUACAUGGUUUGUCUUACAACACUGACUCCAGUGGGGAGGUGGAUCACAGGAUAAGGACGCCUGUGUCGGAUUUCUCAGGGUAUAGUUUGUUAUCUGAUGUCAGUGAGCCAGUAAGUACAGGUUCCAAAACACCAACAAGCCAAAGCUACAGAUGAAACCUGGGACAACGUUGUUUAAUGGUUGUUCUUGUUUUAACUAUCCUGCUCUGCUCCAAUUUUAUUAAUCUUAUUUUUUGUGACAUCUAUUUUAUUUACACUGAUGCUCUGUCUUUAUGCCUAUUCCUCUCCAUGCAAUAAGCCUGCAAGGCAUCCUUCAAAUGCAACUUGUUUGAAAGCAUCUGAUCUGCUGAGUAUAUGAUUUACCGUUAACUGGUGUCAUAGCAGUGCCAGUAGGUCUGCUCUUUAUUUAUAAAUUCAAUGAACUUUUCAAGCAACAUUUAGCAAAAAGCGGUAAAUUUCACAUCCGAUGAGCUCAUUCAACUCAUUCAUGUGUUUUUAAAAUAAGAAAUGAUGGCAGGGAAACGCCCAGAACUGAAGUGGCAAAAAGGAAAAAAAAUGAAUUAAGUUGUCAAAGGUAUUACUCAGGAAAAUGCGGGAAACGAGCAGCUCUCGGAGGACGGGGAGCUCACCUUUUCAGAAGUGUUUGCGAUUUAAAAAAAAAUUAUUAUUUUUUUUUUUUCUUACACGUUGAAUGAGUGUGACAUAAAACGUCUGCUGCCACCUCACUUGAACACUGAAAACACUUUUUACUUGGCUGUAUAGAGAUUAUGGUACUUUAUGUCAAUGUGAAACUCCUGUUUUCUUCAACAAGGGCCAUACACAUGGAUAUCUAUAUAUAUUUAUAAGAAUAUAUAUAUAUAAUAUGUAAAAUAAGUGUUGGGUUCUGGCAUUUGAAGUAGAAGGAAGAAUAAGAGCUGGUUAUUGAGCUAAAUAGUCCUUGUUAUAUUUUUGGGCACGUCUUCUUCAGCCAAUAGAUGUCGCUGUUGGACAGCAGUAGGAUGGCCUUUUUUCCCCCCUGUUUUACUGUUCUCGUCUUUUUCCUCUUAUUUAUCUAAAUGUGUGUGUGAUUAGCACUUUGAGCUGCUUUCUCACAUUGUUUAAAGUACCCGACCAGAUCUAGCUCCAACAUGAGGAGUUACUCGAGGCUUUGGAAGUUGCUGUUGGGGCGUACGUAUGCAGAGGGAGCAGAUAGCGUUGAGCUGAUUGUGGGGUGGGAAGGCUUUGUUUCGGAUGAAGGAUGUGGGGAGUUGAUGGGUUGAAACAUUUUUUUCUUAUCUGGGAGGAUUUAGCUUAGGCUUUUGGGUGGGCUUAUUAAAGUAAUGUAAUAUUUAAUUGGGAUAAUGUAAACGUAACUACAACCCCUAGUUUUAGUUGCCUUGAUACAAACCCUAGUGACUUUCACAGAGUUUAUUAACUAUGAGGAUAAAAUAUGUUUAUGACCCAAUGUUUCUGCAGCCAUGUACUGAAUUUUUUUAUUUUAGAUACUUACAAGCAUUAUUAUUCCUUUAGUAACUGGGUGCAUAUUCCCUUAAAGAGCAGGUGCAAGAAAUAUGUCGAGAAAUAUAUGUAGUUUCUUGCUGACAUUUUGAAAUGCCCACUUUUUUGUAUGGAAAACAACAAUUGUGGAGACUUUCAUAAGAAAAGCUGGCCUUGAGUGUUGGAAAUGAUAUCUCUCUGCUGCUCUGAAUGAUUCUUUGAUCCCAUUUGUGCCCCAAUAAUACAGUUCUGGUCAGUUUACAUACACACAUUUUUGGCAGGAUUUUCCUAUUAAUUUUUGGCUUUCAGUGAUUUGUUUAGUCAUUCCUUUUUCCGAGUCUGACCGAUAUCUCUGCUUAGAACCUCAUAUUCCUUAGCAAGACGCAGAGAAACCCUGUGGUUUUUGCAGUCAUCAGUAAGCUUCAGGGAUUAUUCUGACUGGAUACUUGACCACUCUUCUUAUCAGUAAUGUUUGAGGUUAGUUAAAUUUGUCCCCUUUUUCAUUGGCUCUACUUUAGCCGGCUCCAUUCCACUCACCCUGUUUUGCGACUGUUUUCAUUACUGGCUUUUCUGACCCGCUGCUGACUUCUUUUGGUCUUUGUUUAUCAGCAGGUCCCAUUGGGGCUGAGCAGGGCUGAAAUGUGAUGUGAACAGACUGCUGUUCACUGAUAGGCCAUGGGUUUGCUCAGCUGAGGUAGGAGAGACAGACAAGCCACGGGGUUUACAUCACAUUGCCUGGAACAAAAGCUCUGGCGAUGGUUUGAAAUCACUGUUAAGAGGACAAGGUGUAUGACAGUGUUUAUUUAAAUUUGGAUGUUUGUAUUUGAAACUGAUCACCUGUUCGGUAGGCUCACACCGAACCAUAAGACAGCCAGGCUCAAUAGAGGCACAACUCUUAACAUCAGAUAGUCAAUGGAAACACUACAGCUGUGAAGUAGAGUGAAACCGAGGGCCGUGUGGCACCAGAACCCUUGGUGUCCUAGUACAGACCCGGUUUUAAGCAUAGUCCAUGCGUUUUCUGCAGGGUUAAGGUGGGGGAAUUUCCAGAAGCUUCAUUUUAGUUUUCUUUUAUCCAUUUCCAAAUCAGCUUUUAUCUGUCUUUAAGAUCCUUGUCUUUUUAGGACGGAUGUGUCCAAAGCGUACCUAAACCUUCGCCCUUUAUAUGAAAGGAUAUUGGUAAGGAUGUUCAGGAACAACCCAGUAACCACAAAAGCUUAAGCUAGUAAUAAACUGAAAACUGCUUGAACACCAGUGUCGCUGUCCAUAGUUACCAUGAACUGACCAAGAAGUAGCACCUGGUUUAAAAUAAACGGCUCCAAGCUCAAAACAAAUGUACAGCUGGUUUAACAAGGUUAUUGUUAAACCAGAGCAAGAGUGAGCUGCCUGACCACAGAGACAGGAAGUAUGUUUGUAGGGGUCAAGCUGAGGCUUUUAAGAACAUUGUACCAGCUGAUAACGUGGUGGUAGCAGCUGCAUUUCAAAUCAUCUGUUAGCUGGGUAUAUCUUGGACACAGUUCUGUGCUCCAACAAAGAUGAUGAUCCCAGACAUGCAUAAAAACUGCUUUUACAAUGAAUAAAACAGGCAAACUUUAAACCUUAAGAAAAGGGCCUGACCUAAACCUGGAUGAAAAUUUAGGAACUGUUUAAACGCUGAGUUUGUGCCAGGAAAAUAAUACAAAAGGAGAGGUAAAAAAUUCAGCCAAGAUUAGGUCAGAAUCUUUUUGGUGGUUAAAGAAAACCCAGUUUUUUCACUGAGACCUAAUAAGACUCCUCUUCAAAUACCAGUGAGGGUGUAUGUCUAUGAUUGAGCUUUAAUAGUUUGUUUAAAUUUUGCUAAAUUAAAAGUGUCUUCUCGGGGCAUUCCACAGAACGGUCCAAGUCAAAUUCGGCAAUGUAGAAUCUAAUUCCAAAUUUGAGAUAGAUGGAUUCCAAAAUGGUCAAAUCACAGUCCAAUACAGAUCUAAUUACAUACAGCCCAAUUCACUCGUAACAAAAUCAGUUGAUCAUAUAAUGGCAGUUGGUUAAAAGUUGUCAUAUUGCAUUAAAUCUUUGACGUUGCAGCCUUCCGUCUUCCUGAUCAAACAAGUGGUGACAAUAGUUAGGGUACAACUCUCUUCAAAAACGAAGAAAACUACAGUACAGCUUGGCUCAUUUAGGUAUGUUUGACUUUUUGUAUAAUUUUUGACCCAGUCGGGCUUGACGAAAACCUAUAACAAAUGUGAAAUUGUUUUUCCUAUUCUUGUUUUUAAAAAUUGCAUCAUUUCACCUGAGAAAAAGAACUGCUCAAAUAAAUUUUGAGCCCAAAAUUAGUGUGGUUAGACUUGAACAGAACUGUUCCUUUAAGCAAUCAUCAAACAUGGCAGUGUAAAAUGCAAAGAUGUUGCAUCAAUAAUGUCAUGUUGAGGUGAACAAUAAUUAGCCUCACUUAUACCUCAUUUCACUGCAAACCAGGGACAAAGAUGUGGAGAUUUGUACGUAGCAGAAAUGCUGUUUAAAAUGUCAUGUUUUUGUACGAUUUAUAUUUAAACAGUCGUUUUGGGGGGAAUCUUUUGUACGUGACACUUGCGUGGACCGUCAUGGACGUGUAGCUGAUACCAGCCAGUGUUCAAUCCUUUAACCAUUUCUCAGCUCUGAUCAGUGUAUCGUUUCUUAUUGUUUACAAAAGUUGUACAAAACACUACACCCAACUUAAUUAUGUCAGUUUUGUUUUACAGUGUUUCAUCCCUACAGAGCCAAAUGUUACAGCUGACAUCUUUUUAUAUUUUGUGGUCUGUUUAUUGAAUUAAAAUGUGACUGAAUGGGGACAAAACAAUAAAAACUGCUGUUACCAUGA